AUAAAACUUGUUCGGCGCAUUCGACUUCAUUUUGAUAUUUUUAGUGCUCUUCUGGGCGAUCGACACCUUUUUGUAAAAUUUUUGGAAAGGGAUGAAAGAGUAUAACAAGUUUAUCACCAUUUCUAACUCUGUGGAUACUCGUGGAGCUUGCUGGCUCUUCGGACGAGGAUAUUUUAAUGGUCAAAGUGCGAACAAAACGCCAAAAAAGGCCGAAAACUUGAAGUUUGAGAUUUGAUUUGCUGACCAUCAAAAUGUGCACAUGAGACAACAAACCUUGACGGUUAGUCUUAAGAUGUGGAUGUCUUACUUCUGUGAAUCACGAAGUUGUAUGUGGAGGCGAUCGUGAGAUAUUCGUUACGAUAAUAGAAGGUAGUUUAGAAUUUGAUCUUAUUUUAAUUAAACUUUGAUAUAAAAUUGCGUUAAGUUCGAGGUGGCUCCCCAAGCUUCAAAUCACUUCAAAUCACUUCGUUUUUUCUUUCUCUUUGUAGUCACAUAGAACACAAGGCUUUAAAAAAUGUUCCAGCUUCAGGAUUGAGUCGCUCUUACUACAACCUUUGGCGAAUUCGUUUUUGGGAGGUUGAGAUGGAUUUUCCAAGUCAUGGCUUACAAGUGUCUUUGGCCUUUUUGCUCUCCAAGUCUGUUGCACAUGGUAUGUGGGUAUGUGUCUUAACAACGGUUAUAGUCUUGUCUCAAUCAUCUCCGGUUUUAUCUUAUUUUGUUGCUAUGUUUUGGUGAGAAUUUUUCUAAUUGCCUUUUUGAGCUUGAAGUGCCGACUAGAGGAUAAACUUCGGUAGAACUUAUUUAUCACAUGGCCCCCAAAUCCCUCACCACUGUCAGUUCGUUGGUUAUUUACUUAGCUUUCGGCCUAACCAGUUCAUUUACCUCAAAAAAAUGAGUGGGUUCUGUCUCAUAAGUUUAAACUGGUGCCGUUUUCAUCAUGUUCAUGUGCUAUUCGAAACGAAUGGCGUCAGCUUCAUUCUGUCCUAUUUAUUUCAGUAGGAUACCUCUGCUAUAAGAAAUGAAUUUGAGUCGAAGUGUACUAUGAAACUUGCAGGUUAAAAUUAUCAAACUCUCUGUGGUUCUUAAAAUAUGAGACGAGUGAUACAACAGAUGGAUAAUUACUCAAGGGGCUGGAACUCCUUGUUUCUUCAGAAUGUUUACUACAGUAUUUCUGUCAUAUUUAAAAACGAAUUUCACAUUAAAAUGUCUUCAAACCAGUGUGACUUGUAUUUCACUUUGCCAGAAAUGUCGUGAUCCUUCGAUUUCUUUUUCUUACUUGAGACUGAUGAUAGGAAUUAACUUUUAUGUUCUCUGCUGUCAAGGGAGAUGUGACCCCACUACAUAUAGUUGGUACUAUUGACAGAAUGGAUAGGUGUGACAUUUACUGAGCCUAGCUGGUAUUCAAGGGAAUGUAAUUAGUACCAGAAGCUUACUAUUGGUAUAAAUGAUCAAUCUUUUGUUCAUUCCUUGCAACUUGCCUCAUCCAGCUCAUGCUAUAUGCAACUUGUGUCUAAACUUAUUCACAACUGUAAAAUUACCAAUCAAAUUUUUGAAAGUAUUGUCCAAAUUUUAUUGGAAAAGAAUAUAAGGUGUGAUCAGGUGAAAUGUUGUCAUGUUCCUUAAGAGUGCUGAGCUUCCAGUGAGAGCUAUAAAAUGUCUUAAGUGACUGAUAGAUGAUUUGUCUGCUUUAAAAUUGGCACAGCCAAACCCCUGGCUUGAAAACUAUAAAUUUCUUCAAUGCCCAUUACCUCAGAAUAUGCAAUGUCAAAGUCCCCUUUUGACUAAGUCUCAUUUCUCUAAAAUCUGAUAGAUGUAAAUCAUCUAAAAAUGAGAUCAACAAACCUCUCCACAUUAGUUUAAUCUGACCUUAUUUAGUCCUGUUCCCAGGAAAAAAGACUUUGGGAAAUAUUUUGUUUUUUUAUCCUCGCUGUUAAAUAUCAGCCUUUCUGUUUCUUUGUUGUUUGGCAUGUAAUAAGAGUCAUUUCAGAACACUUAAUUGUCACAGAACUCUUGGAAUUUAAUAGGUUGUAGAAUAAGGUUGGAAAGAGUAUGUAUGAUUUUAUUGUGCAGUUGAAAUGAUAAAAUGAAUAUAAUUUUUAUUGGGAAAAAAUUGAUUUAUUCAACUAUUCAUAUAACAACUGGAAGCCACAACUUUUAAAGAAACUGUCAUCUUUCAGUAUAACACUUUUUGACAAGGAAAUAACACCUGUGCCUGUCGUUAAGGACUUGGGUGUUCUUCUCGACACACACCUCAGUUAUAACCAACAUAUCACUGAGAUUGCCUCUAAAUGCCUUUUUAAAUUGUACCAAAUGAACAGAAUCAAACACCUCCUGGAUAGGAAAACACUUCUGUUAGUAAUAAAUUCUUUUGUCUUUAGUAAACUCCAAUAUUGUUCAACUGUCUGGAGUAAUACCAGCAGCAGCAAUAUUGACAAGUUACAAAAAGUCCAAAACUUUGCCGGGCUUAAUUAUUCUGGGACUAAGAAAGUAUGACCAUAUUUCGGAUGGGUUUGCGAUCGUUGAAAUGGCUUCCUAUUAGAGAGAAACUCAUUCUAAAUGACGCUACUAUGAUGCACAAAUGUAUUAACAAGCUUGUUCCAGACUAUCUUGCUGAUAUGUUUAAAUUACGUUCUCAAGUCCAUAAUAGACAAACUCGAUCAUCUGGUGCUUUGGAUAUACCUUUAUGUCGCCUGUCAACAGGGCAGCGCUCCUUUGCUUUCAGAGGAGCCAAACUCUGGAACUCCUUGAAUGAUAACAUUAAGUCUUUAAAAUGCCCCAGGAAUUUAGACGUCAUCUUGCAAACGUUUUAUUAAGUUGAUAUAUUAUAUUAUUGAUAUAUAUUUUGUAAUUAUAAUAUUAUUGUAUUUACAUUCUCAAUUAAUUUAUAUAUUGAGCUGAAAAGCCCACUUAGGGAGCAUCAAUAAAGUAUAUGUAUGUAUAUGUAAGCCCAAACUAGUACUUGCUUUAAUUCUCAAUUUUUCCAUGUCAUUUAUCAUAUCUGAUGUUAUUUUCAAGACUAAUGAUUGAAAAGACUUUUCCUUACUCUGUUAAAAUCCACAAUUAUUCAUCCAUUUCUAACAAACUCUUUGAUCUAAGGCAACCAUAUCUCCAGAACUAAUGUUGUCUUACUUUUCUUUACUUGACAUUGACCUUUUUGUUUUGGUAACCGACCCCACCAAUUGUGAUUCAUGUCAAAAAAAAACUUGUAAAACAAAACAAACUUUUGUAAACUUUAACUUUUUGCUAAAAUUGAAGUACAUUGCAAUAGCAGCACAGUUGGAGCUCUAAAAAAUGCUCACAGGAAAGUGAGUACUUCAAAUGAUCAACUAUAACUUGAGAUAGCAAUGACACAAUAGAAGUAUACCAUCCAAUUUAUUGGUGCUCUUCAACAGGCCUCUUGCAUCUUUCACAACUAACCUCUACAUCCAGAAUGCCCAAACAAUUACAAGACAAGACUUGAAGUUGUUUGUACAAUCUUUUACUUUUGAAAAUAACCUCCUUCCACACACCAUGCAACAAUUUUUAAUGUUUAAAUUUUUGCCGCAUCCAUCUAAGUUACAGAUGGAAAAAUGACAAGAAAAGUUGUCUCAAAUACUCGAUCCAUUGUUGUUUUCUGACAUAUUUUCCUGCUUCUUUUCUUUCGCAAUUCUUGAGCGGAAAACUAAUGCAGGCACAUACCAGCAGUUUCUCGCAUCAAACUAAAACUUACAGAACAUGCAAAUGCCCCUCUGCUUGGAAAGCUGGAAAUUGUCGGCUAUUCCAAUAUGGUGGACUAUUCUGGUAACUCUAUUUACGAUUUACCUAUAGUCAAGCAAUGUGAUUGAACCAAACAUGAACAUUAUAACAUGCUUUACAUAUGAAGAAUACAUUGUUGAGUCUAAAUCAAGGAAAUUUUGCUAAAUUUUGUAUGGCUGCUUCCUUCACCCUCGUCGAUCUUAAGUUUGUUGUUCAGCAGAGUUUUAGCUUAACACUGUAGCUGCUAAGACCUGCGCUUGCAAAGGUAAACAAAACUUAGGAAUGGUAUUGCCACUAUAAUGCCCUUGUCAUAGUGCUACUGGUUAGAAAGAUCCCCAAGAUGAAAUUUCUAUUGUCUUGUACCUCUAGCCAGUAGGAUCUCAGGAGGCUUUAAAAAAUACUAUUGGCUAGGGGUACAGCUUGCAUAUUAAGUCAACUUUGCCAAAUAGUUACUACACCUUUGUACGGUUUGCGUCACGUUUAACUUUUUCUACACUCCAAAUUAGCCUUACACUCCUUUGAGUCACUUUUUUCAUGAAUAUGUUUCCAUUUAUUUUUUAUUUGGUCUUGAACCCCUAGCCGGGAGCUAUCACCUAGAGAUAAACCUUGCAUAUUUAGUCAACUUUGCCCAAUUUUUGCAACCGUUUGCUCCACAAUUUCCUUUCCUGUGCUCCAAAUUGUAGUGUUACACCUUGGAAUCAUUUUAUUCUAAGAAUUCAUUUCAUUUUUUUUAUUUGAUCUUGAACCUCUAGCUGGUAAGAUCUUUGGAGGCUUAGGAAAUACUACUGGCCAGAGGUACUGCUUACAUACUAGUCAACUUUGCCCAAUUUUUAAUAUGGUUAGCUUACAUUUCACUUUUCUGUACUUCAAAUUUGUCUCACACUCCUUGGAAUCAUUUUUUUCAAGAAUACAUUUCCAUUUAUGGGUGUUUUACUGGGGCAGGAUCAAACUUCAUAAUAACAAGGGUCAAAAUUUAUUUCCUUUCAUCAUGUUUGUAAUGAAAACAGGGAGGAGUGUUACUUACUUUGUAAAAUAAAUUGGCCAUUUGAUCAGUAAGUGACAAAGAUCAAUGAAAUUGACAUGUUUCAAGCAUUUUUGUUUUCUUAAUUUAGUGGGAUGAAAUUAUAAAGGAUUGUACUGUUUGGGACUGUAAAUGUGGCCAUAGCUGACCACAUUAACAUGUGUUUUUUUAUACAAAAAUCUAUGGCCAUUUUCUCAGCCAUAAAAUAGAGGCCAUAACAAUGAGGUGACGGUAUUACCAAGGUGGCCAUAAGACAGGGUUCCCCUGUAUUUAUAGUGAAUAUAGUUUUUAUACAUUGGAAUAUUAUGAGCUAUAAUGUUUCAUGUAUGUUCUUCAUUUCCAGUCUAAAAUCUGGAUGAAGCCAGCAGGAGAGCAGUCUUUUCUCUAUGGGAAUCACAUCUUGAAGUCUGGCCUUGGGAGGAUAACAGAAAACACACCACAGUACCAAGGAGUUAUUGUAUACUCUAUGAAUGACCUUCCACUGGUGAGUGAAAAAAAACUGUCAUCUUGAAGGGAGAUUUUGUAUGCACGUAUCAAAAUGGGAUGGAAUUUCUCCAAAUGUGUGAAAAUAUAGCACAGUUAACCCUUUAAAGAGUGAGAAGGUUCUAAUUCCUCUUCACAAUUUAUUCCUUGAAUCAAUUCACAAGAAUAAAGGAAAUGAUCAGCAACUAAGACAGCUCUUGAUGGUUUUACAAAUUCUCCUUGUUAGAACCUAGAAAAUAUAAAGAGAACAGUAUGGAGAGUAUGCAUAAUGAUGUUAAGGUGUAAAGGGUUAGUGACUUGUGAUGUGAGGAUAAGAAAUAUGGAAAUCCUUACCCAUGAUAGUUUGUGAUUAGAUGGUCUUCCCUUGAAUAUAAGCCCAUGUGGUGGGGGAAGGGAAUUAUGGAAUUCAUAAAGAAAUGAGGUCAGUGAUUGUUGGAAUUUGUAAUAAAAACCUUUAAAUUCAAUUGUAUGGGUGUGGCUUCUAAUUUCACCCACCAGAGGUGCAUCAAACAUGAUAGGGCAUUUAUGUGGUAGAGCAUAUUUGUAGAAUAAUUUCUCCAUAAAAGGUCUGAAAGCUAGCAGUGCUAUUCUUUGUCUUGUACUAGGACCCCAAGGAGUACCACAAUGCAAAAAUUUAAAGUUUCCAUCAUUUUUUUCCAGGGAUUCAAGUGUGCUGGACCAUCUACAAGGCUCAUAUGAUAUGGCACUUUUCUAAAAUGUAGGAUUAGCAAUAGAGAACGCAUUCAGUGUGGCAAAAACAAUUUAAUCAAAACUUCAAAUACACCAAAAAAUUCGUUUAUUGAGCACUUCCCUCUCAAAAAAUGGGGAAAUCUCUUGAAAUAGCUGCACUUCCUAAUUUUUUUUAUUUUAGGUUUUUGGUGCCACGUCUCGUUCAACACAGGAUUGUCGCCAAGCAAAUCGUACAGAUAUCAUGUGUUUCCAUCAAGCUGAUUUUGGGGAAUACUUGAGAUCUGAGGACAC